AUGGAUACAGCUGCUAGCUCAGCCGACUAUAAUAUUGCUGAGAAAAGGCACAGUGGCCAUGAUCAUUUCGCCAACGUUAAAUACGGUUAUAUAGUACUUUUCCUAUCAUUCGCGUACAUAGUAUACAGAGAAUUGGCUUUGGUCUACUACGGCAGAGCAUGGCGUCGUUCUGGGCGGUCCACGUCCAAAAUUGGCUUGGUUGAUGUACCCAUGGUUUAUUAUGUCACUUUUCUUUCCUUGGCAGUGGUGAUAUUGUCUUUUUUUAACCUGAACCUCGACAACUUUGUGAUUCACAUAAAGCGCUGGGGUCGUAUUGCUUAUUCUCUUACACCGCUAGAUAUUUUCCUCAGCAUUCGUCCAUCUCCUUUUCGCUUGGAUAACUAUUUGUCUACGCUCAAGCUUCACAUCUGGACUUCUAGAGUGAUUUUAAUUCUAUGUCUUGCUCACAGUGUGGGCUUUCUUUGGCUAUGGGGAUCUGCAGAGUUGUAUAAAGCAUUGAGAUUGGUCAACUUUGUUGGAGUAGUAAUUUCUGUGCUUGUCCUUGGUCUUUUCAUCAUCAAUUGGGGACAUAUUAGACGUAGAGUGUACCGAUGGUUUUAUUUCUUCCAUAAUGUCACUGCUUACGCAUUGAUAGUCGCCAUUGCAUAUCAUGCAAGACCGAAAGUUUGGCCUAUCGCCUUCAUAGAUGCUGUGUUGAUUGUGUAUCAACUCGUGGUGAAGUUUAGAAGCAUGCAAACUAUUCAGAUCUCGGAUGUAUUGUGUCGCGAAGGUUCAGAUCUCAAAUUGGUGAAGAUUCCGGGACCCUUAUCUCCAGAAGUUUAUUUAUCAGGUAGCCAUUGUCGCCUAGGUGAAUCUAGGACGAGCGCCUACUUCUGGAUGUUUCCAUCACACCCUUACACUUUAACAGGUGUUGUCGAUACUGGAGAUGGUUCGAUGAACCUAGUGGUCAAGGAGCAAAAAUUUCAAAUUGUUCCUCUCAAGGAAUAUACGUUGCAACCUUAUUUUCCGUCAGCAUUGGGCCCCAAUUUCUUUCACACGGCAGAGAAUAUCAACAUUGUAUGCGGUGGUUCCGGUAUCUCAUAUGGUAUUCCCAUAUUUGAGUACUUUAAGAAAAAGAAACAGGAUGGUUCCAGCGAUAUUAAGUUGAAAUUUGUAUGGAUUACACCGAAAAGAAAUGAUAUUUUCGUGUUGGAGGAAUUGGGAAUAACAGGAGUAGAUGUCUACGUAACAGAUCCUGCAGAUUCGGAAGAAGGUGAAAACUACGAAUUGGAGUCUCUGCAGAAUGUAGGAGGAGGAGAAGAACAAGAACAAGAGGAACGGGAAGGAAAAAUUGAUCCAUUUGCAGAUCCCAACACUGAUCAGUCCUCUACUAAUACUGAAUUCCUCACUAACACUAUUCAUUCUUCUGGAAGACCCAACUUGGUAAACAGUUUGGCAAAUAAUAUGGGUGCCACCAUCGACUAUGCCAAUAAUUGGGUCAUUGCGUGUGGACCGGAGGGAUUGAUAGAAGAAUGCAGAGUCCUAGCUAAGGCGCACAACAGUCGAUUCUUUUCCGAAGAAUAUGAUGUAUAG